AUGAAGUCCCACCCCGUCCUUCUUCCCUUCUUCCUGUACGCCCUGGCCGGCGUCCGGGCCGCACCCCAAGUCCCCCGAGCAGACUCCGCCGAGCCCGCAACCUUUACCGCCAACAACAACGUCGGCCCCGGCGGCAGCAAGUUCAAGGACUCCGACCACUUCCGCGUGUACAACGCCGACUCAGCAGCGGCGACGUCGGCUCUGGCUAUGCUGGAGGGCGCCUACGACUGCUUCGUCACCAAGCUGGGCUGGCGCUCGUCCGGCCUGUCGUACAACGCGGAUAACGACGAUGGGCCCUGGACGAAGACGAACGUCUACUCGGUCAGCACGCUGGAGGGUGCUGCGGGUGUUAUGCAGUCUGAUGCCACCACCGGCAUGGGCUAUCUCGAGGUCGUGGCCCAGUACUUGUCCACGCCCGGCGUCACCGUCCACGAGUUCGGCCACUCGCUGCACUACCACCAGCAGACGUGGGUGAACCAGGGCCGCACCGGAGCAUGGUGGGAGACGCUCGCCAACUGGGUGGCCGACACUUACACGACCUCGGACCUCUGCGCCGCCGCCCGAACGGCCAACGGCCAGACCACCAGCCAGACCGAGAUCGAGCUGGCCAAGGUCAUCGGCGACUCGUUCCAGGUCAUCGUCGACGGCACCGUGGACUCGGGCAACUACUACCAGGCGUGGCCGUUCUUCACGUACCUCACCAACAACCCGGACAACUUCGCCGGGCUCGGCCAGGACACGCUGCACCAGCUGAUGGUGCAGUACUCCAAGAACAGCAACGAGACGCCGCUGCACACGCUGGCCCGCGUGUCGACGAGCGCCACGGUCGGCGAGAUUGUCGGCCGCUACUGGGCUCACAUGGCCUACGUUGACAUCGGCCAUCCCCAGACCAAGGAGCUGUUCAUCAACCAGCGGGCCAGCAUCAACUUUGCAAACCUCGACUCCACGGGCAGCGGCUCUUACAAGGUCAAGAGCGCCCGCAAGCCCAAGUACAUGGGCGCCAACAUCAUCCCCCUGAAGACUUCAGGGGCUGCGACCGUUGCCAUCAAGGUCACCACCUCGGGCGUGUACACCGGCACCGUUGCCGUGCGCAACAAGUCGUCCAGCGCCAUCCGCUACGUGACUCUUGUCAACGGCGCGGCCUCGGUCAAGGUUGCCUCUGGCGAGGAGGCGACGCUUGUCAUUGCCAACACCCCGGCUGAACCCAUUCUGUACGAUGGCUUCAGCCUGUCAUCUGCAGUUUCGGCUGGUCUGGACUACUCGGUGACGAUUUCUGGUGCCACUGUUUAA